AUGGGGAUACAAUACAAUAAAUCUUACAGCACAGAGAGUAACAGCAGUGUGAUAGAGGGAAAAGACACCAUUGCUCUUGGUUCAUCGGAGAAAAGCGAUCUGUAUCGCUUUCGUCUCCUAGCCAGAAAUGGAGUUUAUGUCAAAAUUCAGGAUCUAGAUGGGAAGACGCCUUUGCUUGUAGCCUUGAGGGCAAAUAAUCUGGAUCUUGUUCGUCUGUUCGUAGAGAGAGGCGCUGACGUCAAUGUACAGAAUGAGGAAGGAGAGACGGCGUUGUUUUGGGCAGUGAAGAUAGAUGAUAUGGACCUUGUUCGUCUGUUGAUUGAGCACAGAGCCAAUGUCAACGUACAGAAUAAGAAAGGAGAGUCGGCUGUUCAUUGCGCAGUGCGUAAAAAUAAUGUGGAUCUUGUCCGUCAGAUUGUGGAUCUGGGCGGGGAUAUCAACACUCAGAAUAAGGAUGGGAAGACGCCUUUGCUUUUAGCCCUGAGGGCAAAUAAUCUGGAUCUUGUUCGUCUGUUGGUAGAGAGAGGCGCUGAUGUCAAUGUACAGAAUGAGGAAGGAGAGACGGCGUUGUUUUGGGCAGUGAAGAUAGAUGAUAUGGACCUUGUUCGUCUGCUGACUGAGCACGGAGCCAAUGUCAACGUACAGAAUAAGAAAGGAGAGUCGGCUGUUCAUUGCGCAGUGCGUAAAAAUAAUGUGGAUCUUGUCCGUCAGAUUGUGGAUCUGGGCGGGGAUAUCAACAUUCGGAAUAAGGAUGGGAAGACGCCUUUGCUUUUAGCCCUGAGGGCAAAUAAUCUGGAUCUUGUUCGUCUGUUGGUAGAGAGAGGCGCUGAUGUCAAUGUACAGAAUGAGGAAGGAGAGACGGCGUUGUUUUGGGCAGUGAAGAUAGAUGAUAUGGACCUUGUUCGUCUGUUGAUUGAGCACGGAGCCAAUGUCAACGUACAGAAUAAGGUACGUGAUGUAUGGUUAUUUACAAGGAGAGCAUGUUGGACUAAAUACCAUUUUAAACACCUAGUUUUAUCUUCAAACACAUGUAUCCACAAAUGUCAAACACGGAAAAUUAUUCACUUCGGGCGCGAAUUAUAUAUAUUAUGCUGCCUUUGGCGUAAACAUAACAAUAAAUAUGGUGCGAACAAAAAUUAUAUUAUUUCUUUGCAAGGCCAAAAAUACAUCUGAAUGCUUCAGGGUUAUAUCAAAAUGCAAACCUUUUUGUCACAUCAUGUUUUCGACC